UAUGUAGCCAGCUAGCUAGAGAGGGGAGUCGUGUUAUCUGCUGGUUUUUGUAACAAUGGUUCCUCUUUCAGUUUAACGCAACACUCGGCAAUAUACUUGCACGUACACAAGGGCGUUGUCGCUUAUUUAUUUUACCUGUUAUGUUGAUAUUUUUGCGUAUGCUUUGAGCGGUGGCAACCUGUACAUGCUAAUCUUAGCCGAGUAGCUGCCUAGCUAGUCAGCUAGCAAACUCAGUGACAUGUUGCGUGAAAAGCUGACCUUGUAGGCACAGCCUGUAGUGACUGUAGUGCUAUUUAAAUGGGUUCUAUCAGAGCCAUGGCAUCGACCAGGCUCCUGUGUUUGUUCAGCGCGAAAGUAGCCGGCGCGACCAACACAUUAGCCAGGGCGGGCUGCAGUGUGGGCGUCAGGAGACAUGUCUGCAGUUCACCUUCAAGACUGCAGAGCUGCAUGUCAGCCUGGGUCAUUGAUAAGUAUGGUAAUAAUGGGGUUUUGAGAUACACAGAAGAAAUCACUGUACCCACUGUCAGUUCUCCAAAUGAGGUGAUGAUUAAAGUCCAUGCGGCUAGUAUCAACCCUAUUGAUAUAUCUAUGAGGGGUGGUUACGGAGCUAAAUUGCUUAAAUUACGAAGGGAUCCAAUGUCUGUGAUGGACAGUGAUAGUGAGUUUCCUCUGAUUCUGGGUCGUGACGUGUCUGGUGUAGUGGUGGACUGUGGAUCUGAGGUUACCCAUUUUGCUCCAGGAGAAGAGGUGUGGGCUGCUGUUCCUCCAUGGAAACCGGGAAGUCUGGCAGAAUUUGUGACUCUAACAGAGUAUGAGGUUUCCCAUAAACCAGAAUUAUUGAGUCACACAGAGGCUGCGUCCAUCCCCUAUGUAGCCAGCACUGCUCUGUCUGCACUUGUCAAUGCAGGUGGUCUUUGUAGAGACAGCUCUUCAAAUAAAAGAGUUUUGAUCAUUGGGGGAUCUGGAGGUGUUGGAACAUUCUCUAUUCAGUUAUUGAAGGCCUGGGGUGCCCAUGUAACAGUUACCUGCUCCCAGAACGCAGAAGGCCUUGUUCGAGGGCUGGGGGCUGACAAGGUGGUGGACUACACAGCAGGAGAUGUGGCUGAACAGCUUGAAAUGGUGGAGAAGUUUGACUUGAUUUUGGACAGCGUCGGUGGAGAUACAGAGCAGUGGGCGGUGGACCUUCUGAAACCCUGGUCUGGGGCGAAGUACAUCACACUGGUAACACCUUUACUUCUCAACACUGAUUCCAUGGGCCUGCUGGAUGGGACGAUUCAUGCUGGAUUCACCCUCCAAACCAAGGCCAUACAGAACAUAAUAUCAAGCGGAGUCUUCUACCGGUGGGGAUUUUAUGCUCCAGAUGGGCCCGCCUUGGAUGAGGUCAGAAAGCUGGUGGAUGAAGGGAAGAUCCUGCCAGUUGUGGAGGCCCAGUUUCCUUUUGCCCAGGUGCCCCAGGCUUUUCAGAAGCUGGAGCAGGGCCACGCCAGAGGGAAGACAGUAGUCAGGGUGGCUGAAAAGGACGACAGACAGUCCGAAGAGUUGGUGCAGAGUAUCUGCACAGAGACUGCAGAGCCAGAGCAGGGAGUGCAAGGAACAGCCAAGCAAAACUAA